AUGAAUUUUUUGAGGUUAUUUACAGAGAAGGCUAACCACCAGGCCCUCAAGCCGAUUCUCUGCUCGAAUUUCGUUUCUAGACCACUACAGGUCUCCAUCAGUGCUUCUCAUACUAUUCCAUUUCUUCAAAUCCCCAACGAUGGCCAAAAGCUCUUUACGCCGAACGAGAUGGCAAAAUUCGUUCUCAGUCAAGGCGCUAUCAAGGAGAACUCGACUUUGGAUUUCUGCAAAAACGGAUUUCCAUCGAAGUUGUACGCCCCCAUUGAUCGAGAGACAACACCGGAUGAGAUGCAGUGGCUUGAAUGGGAGUCGAACCUCUUUACCUCGGCUGUUGAGCCGUUCUACUCCAAGGGUUGUGUGACCCCUGAGGCUAGAGAAGCAUUUCGGACUCUUGAUCACGCCAUCAAGAAGAAUGAGGGGAAAGGCAUAUGCAGUAUUUCUUUCGAGCCACUUCGGAUUUCCUUCCUAGUGGAUACUGUUGUGUUUUGCGGCGUGUUUCCAGCCUUGUGCGACGGUGGACUCUUGUCGGAUGAAGAGCGCGAGAUGCUGCCACAUUUGAUGGAGUGGUUCCGCAUAUAUCAAUGCCUACACGAGGAGCUUUUGGGUUUGGCAUGCGAAGCAUUGUCAGUUCAGGAGCCCAGUGAUUUCCUGAGGGUCCCACGUAAGUACAAGAUAUCUCCAAAACUGGAAAAGACCUUUUUUGCGACAACCCCAAUCUACUAUGUAAAUGCCGGGCCUCAUAUUGGCCACGUGUACAGCACCCUUAUCGUCGAUGUGCUUGGGCGUUACCACCGUGUUAAGGGCGAAAAAGUGUUUGUGACUUCGGGGUCGGAUGAACACGGCCAAAAGGUUGCUGAGUCCGCGAAACAGAAUGGACUCACACCUUAUGAAUUCACUACUAAGAUGAGUGGUGAGUUCAAGGAUUGCUUUCAGCAAAUGGGUUACAAUGUGGAUUACUUCAUUCGCACUACUUCUGAAGUCCACCAGAAGUUGGUGCAAUCUAUAUGGCGUAAGCUGGAAGCGAAAGGGGACAUAUAUCUAGGACGCUAUGAGGGAUGGUACUCGGUCAGUGAUGAAUCCUUUUUGACUGCACAGAAUAUCACGGAUGGCGUCGACAAGGACGGUAAACCUUGUAAAAUCAGCCUGGAAAGCGGACACGUUGUCUCGUGGGUUGAGGAGGAGAACUACAUGUUUCGUUUAAGCGAUUUUCGUGAUCGUUUGCUCGAAUACUACCACAGCAACCCCGAGUGCAUCGUCCCCGAGUUUCGUCGCGGUGAGGUGAUUCGGCUCGUCGAAAAGGGCUUGAUGGAUCUCUCCGUCUCUCGCAAGUUCGCAUCUGUGCAAGGCUGGGCGAUUCCAGUUCCGGGAAACAGCGAGCACUGCAUCUAUGUCUGGCUGGAUGCACUUUUCAAUUACCUAACCACUGCCUGCAUCGAUAUUCAACCAGACGGCUCGGUUGUGUUACUGGACAACGAGGAGACGCUGAAGCGCUGGCCUGCUGAUGUUCACGUAGUCGGUAAGGACAUCCUCAAGUUCCACGCCAUUUAUUGGCCGGCGUUUCUCAUGUCCGCGGGUCUGCCCUUGCCGAAGAAGCUAGUGGCGCACGGGUGGUGGACUAAGGAUCACAAAAAGAUCAGCAAAUCCCUUGGCAACGUGUUCGACCCUGUCAAGAAGGCGGAGGAGUUUGGCUGCGAUGCUCUCAAGUACUUCUUGCUUCGUGAGUCGAACUUCUCCGAUGAUGGUGACUAUAACGACAAGAGCAUGGUUGCCCGGCUGAACUCUGAGCUCGCCGACACGCUUGGGAACCUGGUGAUGCGCUGUGUGGCACCUAAAAUAAAUGUUAAGGGAGUAUGGCCGAACCCAGGGCCCUACAACGCGAACGACCAGGAGGUGAUUCAGUCCAUUAGCGACCUCAGCGGGACGAUGGACCACUUCUACUGUUUGCCGGAUAUCCAGAAGGCCCUGAUUUCCGUGUUCGACGUGCUGCGCCAGCUCAACGGGUAUAUCACGGAAAACGCGCCCUGGAAGCUGGUGAAGACCGACGUGGAGCGGCUUGGGACGGUGAUGUACAUCACCAUGGAGGGCGUGCGGGUUUGUGUGACGCUGCUCCAGCCGGUCCUGCCGACUAAGUCGGCCUUGAUUCUGAACAUGCUUGGCGUACCUGAAGAAAAGCGGAUUGGGGUCGAAAACUUUGGCUUUGGUAUCAUGGAGCCCGGAGUUAAGAUAGCGCCCCCGAGGGAGGGGGAAGUUAUCUUCAAAAAAGUAACACUACCGGCUGAGACUUCGUAG